AUGGAACCGGCCCGGCAGUUGUUCUCGCGCGGCGCGAGUCCUACGCCGAGCGUUUCGUUGUCCAGCUUUGCAGCGGCCGAUGUGGACCCCGCCGUGCAUCACUCUCCGGCUGCCUCGAUUCGCAGCCACGGCGCGGGAGGCAGCGUGGGCCAGGCGAGCGGCCCUGCGACGUCCCCCCAGAGCAGAGUCGAGGCGUUGUUCGCGAACAUGACGCCGCCCAACGCGCCGCCGACGACCAACUCGACGAUGACGAAUGUGUCGAACAAUGUAGGAAAUAAUAACGCGAACCACUCUGGCGCGGGUACGCCGGUCAGCGUCGCGAACCAGUCCGUGCACUCGGCCACUUCAGACUCAAACUCUCGCGCGAACGCUCUGCUUUCCCUCUUGUCUCCUGGUCCCGCGCCCGUGCCUCUGCAGCAGGCGACGCCACCCCAGCCUCCUGCGCCGGAGAAUGCCGGGCGCAUGCUGCUCGAGCAGCUCAUGGGCGGCUCUGGUGGCGCGCGCACGUUUGUUCCGCCUGCUGUGACGGGUCUGGCGGCGCACUACCCGCCAUCGCCGUAUCCACCGAUGAGCGGCAACUACUACGACCCUCCCCCGCCCAUCCCGUCUGUCCCCCAGCCAGAGCCGGUCCAGAGCCCGCCAUCGCCACCGAAGAGCAUGUUCGAUUUCGUGUCGCCCUUUGACGCCCUCGGUCCCGCACCCGCAAGCGCUGGCAGCAACAAGGUUUCACCAGAGCCGCCGGUAUCUGCUGGCAUCACCAGCAGUCUGACCGACGCGCCGCCGGCAUGGGCCGAUCCGAAGCGGAAGAGCGUCGAUAACCUGCUCGAGCAGCUCACGCGUUCCACCGUUCCCCCGGCGCCCAUUCCCCCGGUUCAGCAGGACGAUGCCGAGGCACAGCUCGCGACGGCCAACAAGUCCCAGAGCCAGGGCCGCCCGCUCCCGCCCAAGCCACAGGGCCAGCAGGGUUCGCCUCGCGUCACGCAGAUCCACGCGCAAGGUUCGCCGCGCGCAUCCCCACCCAAGCAGUCUGCCAUCGCACGCGCGAGGCAGGUAGAGAGCCCGUCCGGACCCGCUGGUUCCCAGCGCGAGAAGGACGAAUCGCCCGGCCCGCGCGGGCAAGGCUGGAAGAGCCGCGGCAAAAAGUCAACCGCUGCCGCUGUCACUUCUAGCACCAUUACCAAUGCCGUUCCCGCCAAUGUCGGGCAGAGUUUGACGCUCGACAUGGCGCUUCCGCUCGAGGAGAUUCGCGUGCCGGAUGGGAGCAGCGCGACGGUCCCGAUCGCGCUUGUCAAGAUGGACGAGGCGUUCGCGCCUGGUACCACCAUCGGCGCUACGGCAUGGAUCGCGUAUGCGAUGUCUAAGGGCCGUGUCAGGAUCAUCUCGAGGGCCAGCGGCGAGCGCACGCUUCUCCAGCUGCCCGAGUGCUUCAACUACCCGACCAACAUUGUAGAUGUUGCUGUUCAUGGCCACCGCAUUGCCGUCGUCACUCAGGACGGCGGCUUGGUUGUGUGGGAGAUGCCCGAGAUCAUUGCCGACGACGUGCCUGGCCGCAUCAUCGUCUGCGUUCUCCCUCAGACAGGUCCCGACUCGCUCCGUCUUGUCAAGUGGCACAGCCACGACCCCGACACACUGGCCGUUGCCUCGUCUCGCUCAGUCUACACCCUUCACGUCCCCGAGCUUGAUCGUCUCUAUGGUGGCCAGCUCGUUGAGCAGGGCGAGCUUGCACGUGCGAUCCCACCCCUGUACGCGACCGAGCAUACUCCCGCCGACCCGAUCCCGAAGAUCGCGGCUUUGGAGUUCGCAGCGGCCCACUCGGCGCUCGCAGUUCUCCUCGACGAGGGCACGCUCUCGUACUAUGCGCACCACCCCCCAUCGCGUGGCGGCCCUUCGAGUACCGUACCGACGCCCUUCCACACUACGCGCAUUCCUCCGCCGGCGUCUGUGGGCUCUGGUGCCGCGCCGUGCAGUUUGACGGCAGCAGGUGUUGCACUCGUUCUUGGACGCGCACAGAACACCUCGCUUCAGAUCCUCGGCGCACCGGGCCGUGGAGUACUCGCGACCAUCCGCUUCACGCUCCCCGCUGAGCCCGCAUCCUUUGUGCGCCUUUCCUUUGAGCCGCGCGCACGCGUGCUCUGGGCAGCACACUCGAAGCGCGCUGGUCUUUGGGCCAUUCGUCUGGGUGCCGCUGUCGAUAACGAAGGGUACGGAUUCGGCGGAGAGGCUGGUGCCAUCGUUCAGGUUGCCGAGUUCCCGGUCAAGACGCCCGUGCUGGAUCUGGUUGCGCUGGCCCCGCCCGAAGGCGAGAACGCCGAGGCGGCGGCUGCGUGCCACGCUGCCAAGGUCCCGCCCGGCCCGGUCGCGCUCGUCGCGUUCGUCCAGCACGUCACAGGCGUGGACCAGGUCGUCAUCCGCGGCGACUGGUGGGCCGCCGCUCUCGCCGGCACCCGUGAGAAGCUCCCCUACACCUCUUCCUCGGCGCCUUCCGGUCCGGCUCCGCUCGGCUCGAGCACCAUGUCGAGCCAGCCGGUAAACGCGCCUUUGCCACCGCCCGUUCAGGCACAGGUGUCAUUGCAGAACGCGCCCGUUCAGCAGACGCCUACGCGUGAGACUCGCCGCGAGCGCGUAGAGAGGGAGAGGGUCGAGAGGGAGAUGGCGCACAUCGCUCAGCCUUCGCCCGUCGGUGCACCUGCGCGCGUACGCACGCCCGAAGAUGAGCCCGAAGCUGCACCCGCACAGUCAUCGUCAUCGACGCAGCAAGAUGGGCCGCGUGGUCGUGGCGGAAAGGGCAAGGGCGUCGCGAAGUCGGAGAAGGAGAGGAAGGAGGACAAGGAUAAGGAUAGCGGGAAGGAGAACAGCGAGUUGAGUAAGGAGUUGAAGAAGCUGGAGGAGGCGUUGCAUCUGAGGGUGGCAAGGCAUGUUACGAGGGAGUUGGAGAGGCAGCAUGCGUGGCUUGCGGAUGUCAGGGCUGCUGAUAAGGACGAUGCGAUGCGGUACCAGAGCAUGCUUCUCGACGCUGUCAGCAACGAGUUGACGAAGAACACCACGGCGCUCUUCGAUACGGCCGUCCGCGCCGAGGUCCGCAACGGUGUACUGCCGCUGCUUGAGGAUGUCGUGCGUGCCGAGGUCGCACGGGGUGUAGGCAAGCAGGUUGCAGCGGGCGUGAGCGACUCGGUCAACAAGACGCUCCCGCCGGAGAUCGAGCGCUUGCUCGUCCGUCCGGACGUCUCGGCCCAUGUCGCGCGCACCUUCUCGCAGGCAGUGACCCCACUUGUCGAGCGUCAUGUCAAGGACGCGAUCACACACACCCUCGUCCCAGCCUACACCGCUCAGACUUCUGCUCUGCACGAUGCGCUUGCGCGUGAGAUGCAGGCCGAGAUGCUGGCUCUCCGCAAAGAGGUCAUCGCUUGGCAGUCUGACGCUCUUCGCGCACACGAGGGCGCUCUUCGCGAGCUCGAGGGCACUGUUCGCGCUUUGUCCGACCAGAUCCGCGCUUUGGCGCCUCUGCAGCGUCCCCCGCCUCAGCAGACGCAGCAGCAGCAGCAGUACGCGCCUCCGUCGCAGCCCCCGCCACCACAGCAUGGUCAGCCGCAGUACGCGCCCCCGCCCCCACCUCAGCAGUUGCACCAGCAGUACGGCCCGCCACAACAGAUGCAGAUGCAGCCGGCGUGGUUCCCACCGCAGACGAGCCUGCCUGCACCACAGGCGAGCCACCCUGCGGUACCGCCGCCCGCACAUCACAGCCCGACCCUCGCAUCUGCCAUUGGACAGGCGCCUGACCCCGACGGGUGGGACGAGACGUACAUGAACGUUCUUCAGGCCCAGGACGCGCGUGCUCUGCGCGAGUUGUUGGCGCGUUCCCCGCCCGACGCGCUUAUGCCGCUGUCCCCCAACGCCCCGUCCCCUCUGAGCCAAGUCGUGCUCCUCUCCCUCGUUCACCGUCUCGCGACGGGCUUGAACGAGAUGGCACCCGAGUCUGAGUCAUUCCAGGGUAACCUCUGGUGGCUCCGUCGUGCCGCGGGCAAGCUCAACGCGGAGGAUGUCACCAUCAAGCCGUACGCUGCGCGCGUGCUGCCCGGUGUCCAGAGUGGAUUGGGUGUUCUGAGGAACAGGCUUGGGUUGUUGCCGCCUGGUGUGGGUGUGCAGGAUGCCGCGAGGGCCGUCGGAGAGGUCGCGGAUUUGAUUGGGAGGAAGGUUCAGUGA